AUGGUGACCACGUUGGGUCCCCCGGGAGAGGUCCAAAUUCCGCCCCGGCCCGCUGCCGCCGCCCCCCUCGGGUCUGGCCCCAGCCCGCAGCUUUUCAAGGGCGGCCCUGCCCUCUGCCCUCCCCCCUCCCCAAACUCCCGAAGCCCCUUCACUCCUGAGGCUGGGGCUCCGGGAGGUUCGCGGCCUGGAGGGAGUUCCCCGGGACGUGGUGGCUUUCGGCCCCCUGCACUGCCGCCCCCGCUCACCUCGGCUGGCGACCAGCGGGCUCCGGACGUCCGAUCCGCCGCGGCUGGGCGGAGCGGGCACGGGGCUUGCUGCGGCCGCCGCCGGGAGGGCCGAGGGAGGGCCGCGGAGUCUCCUCCUCCCUCCGCGGGGGAGGGGAGAGAGAGGAGUCGGCGGGGCGGGGGCGGUGGGGCCCGGGCGAGUUGCGGCCCCACUCUGACCCUGGCCCGCAGAGUUGGGUGGGUGGGGGGCUCGCGCCUAACUUUGGGGAGAGGGGCGCGGGCCGAGUUGGCGGAAUCGCCACCGAACGGGCCGGACCCCGACAGAGGCCCCACCCCGGCAUCGGGCCUAGAGGAGGGGGAAGGAAGGCCGGGUCUGGGGGCCCCGCGGGCUCGGCUUUCCCGCCUCAAGUUUCCCUGA